AUGGAAAUUGAGGAAGCUUUGAAGGAUAUAUUUUUUGGAUCCGUUGCUGGGGCAGUCGGGAAAGUGAUAGAGUACCCAUUGGACACCGUCAAAGUUAGACUUCAAACGCAGCCUGCGCACGUGUUUCCAACAACAUGGUCCUGUAUUCGCUACACCUAUGCAAAUGAAGGUUUCUGGAAAGGUUUUUAUCAGGGAAUUUCUUCACCAUUGGCAGGUGCAGCACUAGAAAAUGCAGUCCUUUUUGUUUCAUUCAACCAAGCUAGUAAUUUUUUAGAGACCAAGACGUCCUUCAACCCUUUAUCCAAAACGGUGUGUGCUGGUGCAUUUGCAGGUGCAUGUGCUAGUUAUGUGCUGACGCCUGUGGAGUUGAUUAAGUGCAAAUUGCAAGUGGCUAAUCUUACCAAAGCUGAAGGAGCGCAUACGAAAAUUUUGCCGACGAUCAAAUCUGUCCUCGCAACCAAGGGAAUAACUGGUCUAUGGCAAGGUCAAUCUGGUACUUUCAUCAGAGAAACUGGUGGAGGUGCUGUGUGGUUUACUACCUAUGAACUCAUGAAAAAUUUUCUAGCAAAAAGACGCAACGACACUAAAAACCAAACCUGGGAAUUGCUCGUGUCAGGCGCUGCUGCAGGUGUCGGGUUUAAUGGUAGUGUUUUCCCCGCAGACACUAUCAAAUCCACCAUGCAAACCACACAUGUGAACUUCUUGACCGCGGCAAAGAAUAUCCUAGCAAGACAGGGUAUAGCAGGUAUGUACCGUGGUCUUGGGAUUACUCUGCUGAGAGCAGCGCCUGCUAAUGCUGUCAUAUUUUAUACAUACGAGACUUUGUCCCACUUAGAUAUUUAA